AUGAUUCGUGAAAAUAUAAUAAUAACAGUUAGAAAAAAUCUUUGUUCACCAAAAGCUAGCGGAAGCGAAAUAUUCGAUACCCAUAAUUCAGAAACAAGAAAUCGACAACAUCAACCUUCCGUACAAGCUCAACCUACAGUUCAAUUGGCUAAUCAAAUUAGUCAAAAUAAAAGUAAAAUAUUUACUUAUGGAAAACGACAUCCAAUGUUGAAAUCAGUAUUAGUAGCAUUAAUUCCUAUUAGUCACCGCAAUAUUCCUAAUGACCGAACUAUAAGUCUAUAA